AUGCCAGCAAGUGGUUCUGAGGGAGUUAUUCAAAAACCCUGGUCUCUGCAGCCGCAUUUGUCCUUUUUAGAUGACUCCAAAGCUGAGGAUACUAGAUUUACUACGUCCAAUGUACCUCCGCUGCCUCGAAGAAGGCAAGUACAAGAUGUAGUUGAAGAUUCUUCACAAGAAUUCUUCUCUUGUGAUGAAGAUGGAGAAGCAUCAUCAAGCAAGGAGAAUAAAGAAAAUUUUGGUUUUACUGUCAAAAGGAAUCCAGCUAAGAAACAAAAACAAGAUGAACCUGAUUGGCUGGAGGAAGCGAUCCUGGAGCUGUCCACUGCUAAAAUUACCCCUAAAGCCUGGAAAGAACGAAAGUUGCUUACUUCUGAGGAACUUCGGGUUAUGUGGUUGGCUAAAGAAGUCAGCAACUUUCCUAAUAAAAAAGACAGGAUUGAAAUUCAAAAACACAUAACAACUUUCAUUUUAGAUAAGCGUUUAGAAGAUGAUUCUGAAAAUGAUAAUAUUUUUGAGGAUAAUGAUGAAGUCUUGAUUAUUGACAGAAAUAAAUUAAUUAGUAAUGAUAUAAUUAAUAUUGCUCCUGGUCAAGACAAACUUCCACUAAGAAUUUUUAUAAGUGGUUCAACUGGAGUUGGAAAAUCAAAAACUAUUGAUGCUAUUUAUCAAUCGGUAUCAAAUUAUCUUACUAAAAAUAAAGUUUUAAAUCCUGAUAGUGCCAAAGUCUUAUUAUGUGCACCUUCUGGUAAAGCUGCAUUUUUAAUAAAUGGAGUAACACUUCAUACUGCUUUUGCUCUGCCAAUAACUCAAUUUGGUGGAAAAGUUCAAGAAUUGUCAUCAAAUGUUGCAAAUACUUUACGUGAAAAAAUGAACGAUGUAGAACUUUUAAUAAUAGAUGAAGUUUCUAUGGUUGGAAGCACAACUUUAAAUCGAGUUGAUGUAAGAUUGAGGCAAAUUAAAGGUAUUAAUGAUAGUUUUGGGGGUAUUUCGGUAAUUUUGGUUGGAGACUUGCAUCAAUUACCACCCGUUAUGGACAGACCAAUUUAUUCAACACCAAACACUUCUGAUCUAUGCAUACUAGCAAAUAAUCCACUUUGGGAAGAGUUCAAAAUUUUUGAGCUAACUGAAAUUAUGAGACAAAAGGAAGAUAGAACUUUUAUUGAAAGUUUAAAUAAUUUAGCAAAUGGAACAAUUUCUACAAACGAUAUAUCUUUAUUUUCAUUGCGCAUUUUUAAUGAAUCUGACGUUCCGAAACAAGCUAUUAGAUUAUUUGCAGAAAAUAAAUAUGUUAAUAUAUAA